AUGGCGGCGACAGGAAAAGAAGAUAUGGAUCGAGUGGGUCUAUUUAAAGAGAUGGAAUAUGUUACCAUCAAAGAUCCAUAUACAACACCUUCGAAAGGUAAUUUUAAUGAAGCAGCUUACAAAAAUAAACAAAUGAUGAGUAAAAGCUCAAAAGAACGAUCAACAGGAUCAAUGGCUGGAUAUUUUGAUACAGAAUUUAAACCUUUAAAAGCUUCAUAUGUUGAUCCUGUAUCAAUGCGUCGUCAAGCUCGUAUUGAGGAAAAGAAAAAGAAUGUUGUUACAAGACCGUUUGUUACCAUGUAUCGAGCAAAGGAACCUGAAGGUUUGGGUUCAUUUUAUGGAACGCUAGGUGGUCCCAUUAUGGAUCUUGAUCCAACAAAAUCUAAAUAUCGUGAACAAACAAAGCCACCUGCUGAAAAAUCAAAUUUCAAAACUAAUCCAGCAAAGAAAGGAACAGGUUAUGGUUAUCCAAAUUUAGGUCUAGAAAAAGAUCCUCCAUAUACAUAUAGAGAUCGAACAGAUAACUAUGAUCAACCAAUAGAAUCUCAAAAGAAAGACAAUGCUCAUCAUAAAGCAUCAAUGAAAGCCGGUGUAUUUAAAUUGAAUAUGCAUCCAAAAGAAUUUUUUGAUAAAAAUCCAUUUCAUGAAGAAGGUAAAGGUGGUAAACGACAAUCAGAAGAAAAAGAUCGUUCAAAAUCUGCGCCUGAAAAACCAUUUAAAUUUAGCUCCCCAGGCAAAUCGCUCGGUGGAAAUAAAGAUGGUUGUUUUGAUAAAUUUCCCAAAAGUAGUGACAAAGAUGAAUAUUUCGUCACACCAAAAUACAGUCGACUUAAAAAUGAAGUUAAUAAUAAAGGAAAAACAUAUUAUCCAAAUAAAUUUCCUAAAACACGUCCGAGUGAUUCAGUUAUUGACAACUAUGUUAAAUUACAUGUAACACAAAAUAACUAUCAACAAGUAUCAACAAGUUUUUCUGGAUUUAUAGCACCACCGAUACGUCAACAUGUAUCUGCUCGCUCAAUAUUAAAGUGA